AUGGCUAUAGGAAUAUCUAGACCUGUUGAUGACUUAAUUAAUCUUAGUUGGAUAAGAACAGCUCGAGGAGUGAACCGUGAAUAUAUCUAUGCCAGUCAACUCCAAUCAGUAAUUGCAGAAAUUGAAAAGGCAUUGGCCAUUGGUUCAAUAUUGACUGAAGAUGAGAUGAGAUUAUUUAUCAAAUUGGCUGAGAAAAAACAAGAUAUGAAAAUCAAAAAGACUCAACUUAAAGAACUCAUCUCUGCAGCGGCUGAGAUGCAUUCGUUUGAAGAAUUAUUACAAACAAGAUUCAAUAUGGGUGAAUCUGACAUACGACGGUGCUUGAAUGUGCCAAGUUCAGGUUAUGACGAACACACAAAAUCACCUAUUGUACCAGUACUGCGACCAUUGUCUCUGCGAACGCCUCUGGAUGAACGUCUGGGAGCUAAAUCAGAUAAGGGAUUACUAUGGGAGGAAUUGCAUGUCAAGGAUAAAUAUAUUCAUGACAAAGAUCACGAGAUUGAAUUGAAAAAUACUGAAAAUCUCAACUUACGUAGGAUUAAUAGAGAGCAAGAGAAAUCUAUAAGGAAAUUGGAUAAUGAGCUUUCGGUGCUAAAGAAUCAUGUUCGUUCCUUGGAAUCACAAUUAUCAAAGAUUCCCGGUGAACGCGCCACAAGAAACCUAUUGACCAAAUUAAAGGAUCGUGAUUUGGUAAUUAAAAGUUUGGAACAAGUGUGUGAAGAGUAUAGAGAAAACAUCAGUGAUCUCGAGAAGAAGGAAGCCGAGAAUUUCAAAGAAUUGAAUGAAAUCAAAAAGACCCUAAAUCACCAAGAUCAGAUCUUUGAAAACCUACAGAAAAACUUGCCAGUUGGUUCAACUGGAGAUACUAAGCUUAAAGGAUUUUUAAUGAAUCUUCCCUUUGUUAAACAGUAUCUUUAUUAUCUUCAAUACAAGCACGAGAAUAAAGAUGUAAAAAUGUUUAUAUUGAAUAUAAUUGCAUUGAUUUUUGCUGCUUGUUUGGUGGGGAAUAUACUACAGCUAAUAUUUUAUGUUAUUAUGGCUUUUAUUAGAUCAAAGGGUGAGUGUGAAACUGCACAAUAUGUAUAUGAUGAUUAUAAUUUCAAUGGUGGUUGGUUAACAAGAAGUUCAUUCUUUGACAAUUGGAGGGGAAUAAUGUGGCUAGAAGAGCUUAUUUAUAGAUUUACGGAUUGGUAG